AUCACUCACACGCGCGCGGCGCGUGGCGUCCACUGUUGUCUUCGGAGCACUCUAGGCCGCUAAGUGUCCGCCCGACGCGCGUGAAGCGUGAAGAUUAUAGCUGGGGAGAGAUUGACAAGAAGCCGGCGACGAAGAGGGCGAAGAAGAAGAGAAGUAACAACGCCCUUCACACAACGCGUGUUUGCCGACAAGUGGGCCGAGUGCGACGACGACGGCGCGAUAGCGACGACUGCGACGCCGCCGACGACGACGACGACCACAGUAGCAGCAGCGACGAUCCGAGCGCCGUGGCUGUGUUGCUCGAGCCUGCACUGAGAAGGGCCAUCUUGACUCUGCUCCUCUCCAUCGACCGCGAGCAACGGCGACGACACUGCCCUCGCCAUCGACAGCGACGACUGCACUACACUACACCACCCCACCACACCACCACACCACAAUGGGCAUAACCUCCGUCACGACAACCUUCGCCACCAUCCGGCCGCUGUCGGCCUCGCACGCGCACUCGCCCAGCACGCCCACGCGCGCGCCGUCCAGAGUCAGCAUGCACGCCAGCGUGCACGAGCACGCGCCGAGCAUCACCACGGCAGGCAGCAGCACGGCCGACCUGGGCCGCUCGCGCUCGAACAGCAGCCUCGCGUUACCCGGCAGCUCGACACCGCUGCCUGUGCCCAAGACCGCUGGCGAGGUGUUGAUGUGCCUUUCGCUUUACCGCGGCGGGGGGUAUGGGCAAUACCCCAUCGCUGUCGUCGUCGCGUACGUCGAGAACAAGUUCAAGCGCGGCAAGUCGCGUGCCGGCAUCAUCCGCAAGCUGGAAGCGCUGGAGAAGAAGGUCCCCUCGUUCGCGCGCAGCUUUGCCGCCGUGCGCCUGCUGUACCAUCUCGGUCCCAGCCGCGUCGUCGACAUGGAGUGGCCGCCGUCGUUCCACGACGCCAAGGUGCUCGGCGACCUGCCCCCGCACUACUCUGCCGAGGACGCGCGCGCGUACAAUGCCCGCCGGGUCAGCCAGCUCAGCUACAGCUACGCUUACCCCGGCCCGCCUGUCGGGAGCGGGUCGUCCUCGGGCGGGGUGAGCGACGACUCGCGCCCCGGCACGGCGUACGACACUGUCGAGGGCGAGGGCGAGGCGGCCAAGAGCGACGAGGGGGCCAACGACGACAACGAGCCAGCCAAGACGGAAGAGAGCGCGCACACCAGCCGCACCGCCCACUCGGCGCACACCGUCAUCGGCUUCUCGCCUUCCCUCGCCGUCCCGCAGAUUGUCGAGCCGGAAGCCCAGCCGAAAACGUCCCUCGACCGCUCGUGGACCAUGCGUUCGGUCGAGUGCGAUGGCGGCGCCGAGCUGCUCCCGUCGCUCGACGCAGCGAUGCACACGCUCGAGGCGGACACGGAAGACGACGAGGAGCACGACUCUGACGCGGACAGUCUCGCGGGCAGGCUGCCGCCGCGCUCCCUCUGGUCCACUGCCGAGUCGCUGAUUUCCUCCUCGUCCGAGGGCCACCGUGCCGUGCGCUCAAAGGUCAUCGUGCUCGUCGACGACUCGCUCCCGCUCACCCCCGAGUGGAGCUCGACCCGCGACGAGAUCGCCAGAGCGGGCAAGGUCGCCGAGCGCGAGUGGGGCCUCGGGAUCGACGUCUACUUUAUGAACUCGAAGCGCGUCGGCAAGAACCUCAAGGCGAGCGACGAGGUCGAGGAGCUGUUUGCCGGGCUGGAGCCGCGCGGGCCCGUGCCGAAGAACGUCAGGAUCCGGGCGAGGGUGCGCGAGAUUCUCAGAGAGGUGCUGGUGCAGCUUGAGCGGAGCGCCAUCAAGGGGACGAUGAGGCUGGCCAUGGUGUAUGCGACGAACAGCGAAUCCGCAGAAACCGUCGACGCCUGCCUCGAGAACCUGUCCGACUCGCUCGCGCUCUCAGUCGCAUCCGCCCUGCUCGGCCCCAUCCCCGUCGACCUGCUCGAAGUGGGCACGCUCGACAUUUCGAGCGGCAACAUGUCGCUGCGCGCCGCGCAGUUGUGAGAAGAGUGGGAGCGCAUGGGCUCGUGAGCAGCAAUGGUUAUUCGCGUGGUCGUGCUGUAGAUAGGUGCGUCGUGAGGUGGACGAGUAGUACUUGUGCCUGGCUGAUUGCGCGCCAGGCAGUGUUGUAGUAUAAUGCACAGUC